AUGAAGUGGACAAUCCUCGAACCAUCAUCAGACGAAGACUGGACGACCGGGGAGGUACCCAAACCGCGUUCUCACCACGCGAGCAUCGCUUUGAAUACGAACAACAACGCUACUGGUACGAAGAAAGUUUUAAUCUGCGGCGGGGUGUGCGCGAAAACCAAUCAGUUGUUGAAAGAUUGUUGGACGCUCGAUGUGAUUGAAAAACGUUGGCAAAGGAUUGGCGAUUUACCGCGCGGAGCGGCGUGGGGACACUUGAUACGAUAUCACGGCUUGAUCGUGCACGUCGGCGGGGUGAGUUCGUCUGGUUCGGAGGAAAACGUUUUGUCGGCGUCGUCGUCUUUCUUCUCGUCGUUUUUCUCCUCUUCUGCCGCUCUCGGUUCGUACGAAAGUUUAACGAGCUCGAUGAGAGAACCGGAAAAAGUGAAAGUGUACGCGUUGGACGAGGAGAACGGGAUGAGUUGGAUUGAAAGUCCGACGACCGGGGACGUGCCGACGGAGAAAGUCGGGUCGGCGUGCGUGUCGUUGGGUGAUCGGGCGAUCGUGUUGCACGGCGGGAAGUGUCUCGGAGGCAUACAGAAAGACGUACACUUUGGGUCGCUGAGAAUAUUAGACGUCCCGACGAUGACCUGGAUCGCGCCGGUGUCAAAGAGAGAUGGGUACGAGGAGGUGGAACCGGGUGUACAUCUGAAACCGCUGCCGAGGUGCGCGCACGUGGCAGUUUUGAUGAGCGGUAAACGGAUAGCGUUUCUUGGAGGGAAGAACAAAUCUGGGCCGAUUUACGACGGGUGCGCGGACGUGUACGAUUAUUUAAACAACAGAUGGUUGCGGCCUAUUGAGGUGUUUGGUGAGAACAUAAUCGUAGACACGACGUGUUACGCGCAAACAGACGUCGGCACGUACUGUUUCAUGGAGAGAAACGGGGACGUAAACGCGUUAGACGUGAACGAGAUGGUCUGGGAUCCAAGUUUAGUCAGGUGCGAUAAUUUGCACGAGUUGGAGGACGACAUCGCCGGUCGAUCGAUGACUUUGUGCGGUGAUGUGUUAGUUGUCGUUGGAGGCGCAAAGAAGGAUCUGAGCGGAGGGAGUCGGUAUCGAGUGGGUGGGUAUAACGACGACGAGAUGAUGGCGGCGACGUGGACGACGAGAUUGGCGCCGGCCAACGCGGCAAUCGUCGGGAAAGGCGAAAACGCCGUUUUACCUCGAAAGAUGGAAGCAAAUCCCACCGCCGCCGCCGCCAACAUGCAAAAAGUAGGCGUUUGGGAUGGAGGCAUUGGUAAAGCCGCGAGUGCCUGGAACGAUGCUUUGUCCGAACAACCGUCGUCUUUCCAACAAACGCAAACGCAGCAACAAAAGAAGCACGAUUUCGAUCGAUUCUCUCGCAACUCCUACGCGUUAGGCAGCGACUCCGCGGAAAGAGCCAUAGAAGGAAUAAGCCGCAUAGGCGAGGAAGUUCAAAAGCAAAAAAACGGCACGCACGACGACGUUGGUACUUUUACGGACUCUCGAGAGAAGAACGCGAUGACCCGGCGCUUAAACGACCUCAUGCGCGACUUGGAAAACGAAAAGCAACUCCGCGAAAAAAUCGAACGCAUGAACGACGAUCUGACUUUAGAAUUAAAACAGUACGUCGGACGUAAAAACGUCAACGUUCUCGCCAAAGAAUUAGAAGCCGAUCGAGAGAAACUCGCGAAAAUGACCGAAGAUAUGAAAAAACAAAGAGACGAAAAGGACAAAGAGUACGAACAAAAAUUCGAAGCGUUGCGGCUCUCCGAAAACGAACGCGAAGACGCUCGAAUGUGCAAGAAAUGGAAACAAAUCGCGGAAACCAGCGGCGAGAAAUACGACGAGUUACUCGUCAUUGCGCAAACGCAAAAGGAAGGUUUAGACGAGCUGUGCGACGUUUUCCCCGGCGCGAAGAGGUACCUCGAUCGAGCGAUUCCUUCGUUGGCGAGCGUGCGUAUUCCGCGCGUUCGAGAACAAAUCAUGCCCAGCUGGUUCUCCGACGACGCGAGACAUAUCAAACGAGGGAGCGCCGCGGACGAGAAGAAAAGCGGCGGGUUCUUCGGCAGUUCCUCUUUUUUGGGUGGUUUCUUGUAA